AUGGGCAAGAAGCGCGUUCUCGUGUGCUAUGGCGUCGAUAUCGACGCUGUCGCCGGUUGGCUAGGAUCAUAUGGAGGCGAAGAUUCUACCAGCGACAUCAGCAGAGGUCUCUGGGCCGGAACAGAAGGCACGCGCCGCCUCCUCAAACUCUUCGAUAAAUACAAGAUCAAAGCAACAUGGUUCAUCCCCGGCCACACCCUCGACACCUUUCCCGAAGACUGCGCAGCCGUGCGCGACGCAGGCCACGAAAUCGGUCUCCACGGCUACUCGCACGAGAACCCUACAGACAUGACCUUCGAGCAGCAGCGCGACGUGCUCGACAAGACGUACAAGCAGCUCACCAAGUUCUGUGGCAAGCCUCCGCGAGGAAGCGUCACGCCAUGGUGGGAGACUUCGAAGGAGGGAUGCGAUUUGCUGCUUAGCUAUGGCAUUGAGUACGAUCACUCCAUGUCGCAUGAGGAUCACAAGUGCUACUGGCUACGGACGGGCGAUACGUGGACGAAGAUUGAUUACUCCAAGAAAGCUGAGGAGUGGAUGAAACCGCUUGUCAAGGGCGAAGACACAGGCCUGGUAGAGAUACCAGGUAGCUGGUACAUUGACGAUCUCCCGCCUAUGAUGUUCAUGAAGAAGGCGGCGAACAGCCAUGGAUGGGUAAAUCCGAGGGACGUCGAAGCCAUUUGGAUGGAUCACUUUGACUACUUUUACCGCGAGUACGAUGAGUUUGUGUUUCCGAUGACUAUUCAUCCUGAUGUCUCGGGACGACCACAUGUUCUCCUCAUGCAUGAGAGAAUCAUCGAGCAUAUAAACAAGCAUGAGGGUGUUGAAUGGGUCACAAUGGAACAAAUGUGCGAUGACUUCAAGGCGCGCAACAAGGUGCCGGAAGGCGCAAAGAUGCCUGCACCACCGGGGGAGAUCUUGAAGAAGCAGGCGUCGGGAGAGGCAUAUAACCCGGGUUUCUGA